UGGAGCCAUGCAACACAACUUAUAGGCAACUGAUUCCAAACUUCCAGACAAUCUUCCCAUUCUCUUCGGCGAUUCUUACGGUAACAGAACAGGGUUCUAAUAUCAGAACAAAAGACAGGUGGCUAGUAGAGCGAAACCUGAAGAGUUGCUUGAUAAUGAAUGAACUAGAUAGGAUAAGCGAGUUGCCUGAUCCUUUGAUCUGUCAGAUACUUUAUCAUCUUAGCACAAGAGCUGCUGUAAGAACAAGUGUUCUAUCCACCAGAUGGAGGACUCUCUGGCUUUGGGUUCCUAGUUUGGACUUGAUUUACCGAGACGAUUUAGAUGCCUUGGUUAAUUUUGGUGACAGGUUUUUCCAUUCCCAUAGGGUUUCAUGCAUAGACAAAGUCGAGUUACUUGUUCCUUCUUAUAAAAAGCAUGAAGGUGGAGAUGAUCCUUCUUAUGUCACACCAUGGAUUGAUGCCGCAGUUAAGCGUAAGAUCCAACAUCUAGCUGUUGUGAAUUUUCCAGCUGGUAGUUGUAGUUCUAAUCAUGACGGGUGGGUUAAGUGUUAUCUUCAUCAAAUGCCCUUAAGCCUUUAUAUCUGUGAGACAUUGGUAUCUUUAAGACUCCUUGAGGUCCAACUGCCUGAUUCAGAGUUUAUUUCCUUACCUUGUCUGAAGAUUUUGCACUUAUCAAUUCUGUGGAAUCCCAGUGAGGCCACUUUUGAGAGACUUGUCUCGUCCUCCCCUGUCCUUGAGGAGUUGAACGUUUGUGGAUUUUGGAAUGAGAAUGUACAAGUAUUUCGGGUGAUCUCUAAGUCGUUGAAGGAUCUCACUAUAGCAACACUUUUCACUGGCUCGAAAGUUGUGAUCGAUGCUCCUCGACUAGGGUUUUUGAGCAUCGAUUCUAGCCUAUCAGAAUGCUAUGUGAUAACCAAUAUGGAUAGUACCAAUGUCGAAUUAGUUAUUCACCUCGGAAAUAAUUUUGAGGAUUAUGAUGAAGCAAGUCUUUUACCAAACAGUGAUAGAUUCUCCAGUUUUCUCUCUGGGAUUUCCAAAGUCAGGGAUAUAACGAUACUCGGAAACAGUUUCAAGGGAUAUUCAUGGUGCAAAUGGUUACCACCCAUUCUUGAAAGCUGCCCAAACCUAAAAUCCCUCAGCUUGGAAUGUUGUUACGCUGAGCAUCCUGAGGCAGUACUGCCCUUGGAGGAUGUGGAUGAAAUCAAGUUUUCACAUGUGCCUCAGUGUUUGCUAUCGUCUCUAGAGUUUGUUGAUCUCCACCAUGUCCCACUCUCAAGAGUUGUUGGAGAAAUGCUAGUAAGGUAUAUCAUUGAUAAUUCGGCAAUCCUCAAGAAACUCACUCUACAUUUGCAUAAAGAUUGUUCAACAGAAGAUGAAUUGGUUAAGAAACUCCUCAAAAUCCCAAGAGGCUCUGCCAAAUGUGAAGUCGUCUUCGUUGAUUGGAUAGCAUAGCGAGGUUUUGUGGAAUAACAAAGUGAAUAUGCGCACUAGUUUCAAGGGGUUGGUUUCUAAGUUGUAUAAGGCCAUAAUGAUUUUCUUUUGUUGUUGUUUUUUUUCUAUUUGGAUUCUGAAUUCUAUGGCAGCUCAUGAUUGCAAUUUGUUAUUUUGCUAUGUUGUCAUUAUAUUUGCCAUAAAAA